AUGCAGGCUGUGUAUGCUGCUGUUUGGUGCCACAGCGACGUUCAGGUCGACACAAUCAUCAAGACAGCUUUGUUUGGCUCCGGUGGUCCGAGUGAGCAGGCUUGGGGCCAGCAAGUGUCCGGACGCCAAGUUCAACUGGGCCGGAUGAGAAAGUCGUGUAAACACGAGACUGAAGAGGAGUCCGGAGAGGAAAGGGCAGAGGAGCGGGCCGGAAAGGUGAAAAGUGUGGGAGUGUGA